GGAAAUGGAAUUGAUUUGUACAUUACGAAGAAGGGUGGACGGCCUGCGGAGUAGAGGUAUCGUCCCCAUUGCAUCUGCAUUCUGCUGUUUUCUGUACCACCUCCUCAAACCGAGGAGCUUAAUUUCUCUCUCACUUAACCUCAAGCAGUACAUUAACACACCGCCAUUAAUCGCCGUGGGCAACCCCACCCACCUCCUCACUCCGCGCGACUCCCUGCCUUAAACUCCUACCACGAGACCGCUCAGACUCGUCCCGUCCCACUAUCUCCGAAACCCCUGCUACAGCUCCA